AUGGAUUCUAACAUCUCGACUUCUGACCCUCGAAUGAGAAAGGCUUUGCAGGCCGUCCUCGACCGUGGAGAGACAGGAGUAUCUGUAGCGGCAUACUACCGCGGAGAGUUGAUCAUUGAAGCUACCGCCGGAUAUGCAGAUGUCCAAGAAAAGCGUCCAGUUGAUUCCGGGACCAUAUUCUCAGUCUUCUCCGUCACUAAAGGCAUAACAUCCCUUGCAGUCCACAUGCAGGCAGACCGCGGUCUCCUCAAGCUCUCGGACCCAAUUGCCAAGUAUUGGCCCGAGUUUGGUAUCAACGGAAAGGAAACUACUACAAUUGGACAAGCACUAUGCCACCGUGCUGGUAUUCCUCAAAUGCCAGACGGCGUGACGCCGGAGCUUCUGGCGGAUUGGGACUGGAUGGUGCAGGAAGUCGAAAAAUUCACGCCCAAGUUUCCCCCAGGCACCGCAAACGCAUACCACGUGCUGGUCUGGGGUUGGAUCUUGGGUGAAGUGGUACGAAGAACAGACCCCAAGCAUCGGCCGUUCAAUGUGUUUGUUCAAGAAGAGAUCUGCAAACCAUUGGGCAUCACGGAUCUCUUCCUCGGCGUUCCUGAUGCCGAUCUCCCGAGAGUGGCGACACUCUACGGAGGCAACGAACCCUUCCUCGACGAUAUAUACAACACCAGCCCCAUGCCUGUAUUCCCGGGUGCAAAUGUUCACAACCUCAAGGUUAUGCGGCAGGCCGUGGACCCAGGAGCUGGAGCCAUAGGAAAUGCGCCAGCUAUUGCUCGGGUCUUUGCUGCAAUUGCAGAGGGCGGUGAAUUGGACGGUGUCAGGAUUCUCUCCAGCGAGUACGUCAAGACAUUAACGCAGCUUCGAGAAGGUGCACGAGACCCGGACAAGAUUUUGCCGAUCCCUGUUUGGUUUGGAGCUGCUGGUUUCUGGCUCGGCGGAGAAGUUGGAGCCUCGGACCCGAUUGUUGGGGACCAUCGUGAGGUCAUCUAUAGUCCAGGGGCGGGAGGUUCUCUUGCCUGGGCUGAUAUUCGCGACCGGAUCGCUGUCUCUAUUUGUCACAACAAUAUGGAUGUGGGUGUGUCUAUUGAUCCGGAGCCUAUCUGGGCACCUAUUGGUCGUGCACUCCGGGAGAUUAUUGCCGAGAAGAAGAAAUCGGCCUGA